UUGCAUUUUCAAGUAUUCAAAUUUUAUUAACAGGAAAUGUUUAAUUAAAAACCAAUCAUAUGUUGAUGGAAAUCACGGGCGAAACAAGACGAGUUCAAACAUAGUUUAAUAAGUUUUUGAGUUUGAAACAAUUGGAAGCCUUUGACUGCAUCAAAAUGUCUGCAAAAAUCCGUCCGAUCUACACCAUCAUAACCAGAAAGAUUUCAGUAAACAGCCCCAAACAAACAACAGUCGAAGUGAUAUCAGGCAGAGACAGUUACUAUAAAAAAAUGGGAAACAAAGCUCUGGAUAGCGAUGAAGAUUUGAAGCCCGAAGGUUGGGAUGAUGCUAAACCGUUCAAAGAAAUUCCUGGACCGAAAGCUUUGCCGAUUAUUGGGAAUUUUUGGAGGUUCCUUCCUGGAGCGGAAUUUUAUAAUGUUGAAAUGCUGGAGUUACACGAAAGGCUACAGAAACAACAUGGAAAUUUAACUUAUUUAAAUGGAAUCCCUUUAAAAGAUCCAAUAUUAUUCGCUUAUGAUCCUGAUGAUAUCGAAAAGGUUCAUCGUAACGAAGGUCCUUGGCCAAUUAGAUACGGUCUUCCAUCAUUUGAUUAUUACAGAAAUCAUGUAAGAGAUGACGCCUAUCAAGGAGUUGGUGGAGUUUUGACAGUCCAAGGAGAGGAAUGGUUCAAAUUCAGAACAGUUGUGAAUAAAAUUUUAAUGCAACCGAGAACAGCGGAAAUGUAUGUGGAUAGUAUGGAUGACGUAGCGAAUGAAUUUAUUGAUAACAUAAGACGUUUUUCUAAGAGUAAUUCUAAAAAUGAAAUGCCGGAAGAUUUCCAAAACGAAAUAUAUAAAUGGACUCUGGAAUCUAUGGGCGUCAUUGCAUUUAAUAAGAGGAUAGGCUGUCUUAAACCCAACCUGCAGAAAGACUCUACCGGACAAAAACUGAUAGAAUCAUCAGUACAGUUAUUCGAAUUAAUGUACAAAUUAGACGUUCUACCAUCAUUAUGGACAAUAUUGAACACAAGAAAUUGGAGAAAAUAUGUCAAAAUUCUUGACUUUUUUACCGAAAUAAACAUGAAAUAUGUUAACGAAUGCAUGGCAAAUGCCAAUACUAAUUCAAAUAUAUCAGAAUAUGAAAAAAGCGUAUUGGAAAGAUUGGCACAAACUGAUAAAAAAAUUGCAUUUGCUAUGGCCGGCGAUAUGAUUAUUGCUGGAAUAGAUACAACAGGAAGAACCAUGGCUGCAGCCCUAUAUUUCUUAGCCAGAAAUCCAGAAAUACAAGAAAAACUACGACAAGAAUUAAAAUCACAAAUGCCUGCAAAGGACUCUCCUGUCACAAAAAACAUACUUAGAGAAUCGUUAUAUUUGAAAGCUGUUAUUAAAGAAACUACACGACUUUCUCCUAUAUCUAUAGGCAAUAUGAGGAGAACUGUUAGGAAUAUGGUUUUGUCUGGAUAUCAAAUUCCCAAAGGAGUAAGUGCAGAAUUAUGUUUUAUUUUAUUACGUGCAUUUUUUAUUCUAUAGACUGACGUUUUAUCAGUAACACUUCUCCUAUGCAUGAACGAAAAACAUUUCCAAAAACCAAAAGAGUUUAUACCAGAAAGAUGGCUCCGAACAACUCAGGGCGAAUUGUCUCAUAAAAAUUUACAUCAAUUCGUCUUUUUGCCUUUCGGAUAUGGUCCAAGAUCUUGUAUAGGCAAACGACUGGCUAAUUUGGAAUUGGAAGUUGGAAUUUCUAAGAUUAUAAGAAAUUUCAAGCUUUCUUGGAACUAUCCCGAGGCUAAGUUUGGCAUGCAACUUUUAUAUGGAAUACAAGAUCCACUGAAAAUUAAAGUAGAAGAAUUGGAGGAUUGAAUUAACAUUUUUGGGUGAUAUACUGAGUUUUGUAUAGUUAAGACUACACUAAAACAAAUUAAUUUUAUAUGUAUAAUAUGUAGAGGUAAUGUGACAAUAAUAAAUAUUUCCAAAC